AUGCACAGCGACGAGCGCGAUAUCUCCUCCCACGGCGUCUACAUUUCCAUAAAACCGGCUAUAUUGAGGUUUUUGCCUGUCACGCUGGAGGCGGCGGAUGGGCUGUUGCAGACGGUUAUGAAGGCGGCGGUGGAUACGGGGGGCGCGGCAGGUGGGACGGGAUUUGUGGAGGAAAGUUAUAUUGAUAGUUUUACGAAGUUUGGGGAGGAGGGGGAUUUCAUUGCGCUCGCGCCUAUGAGGCUGGCGAGUGGGAAUGCGGAUGGGAGUGCGGUGGUGGAUACGGUGGGGUGGGUGGAUCCGGUGCCAGCGGAGGGCGUGAGUGCGACGGGUGCGCUGGUGGCGGCGCCGACGGGUGGGAUUACGUUGCCGGUGGCGGCGAAAAUGAAAAGCCAAUCACCACCAAACCCCAUAGAUUUAGACCACAACCCAUCUAAGUUUCCUGAGACGCUUUUAAGACGCAUCACUUUUGUAAAGCAAGUGUCGAACAUCGAACAAGAUCCCGAAUAA